AUAAACCUUUCCUCCUUAUAAGUUGUUUAUGUCAGGCUUUUGUCCCAGUGACAGAAAGCUGACACACGGAAUAGAGGUGAGAUCAUUAGACAUUUUUUUAAGAUGAGCCCCGCUAUGUUGCCCAGACUGGCCUUGAACUCACGACCCUUUUGCCUCAGCCUCCCAAGUAGCUGGACUUACAGGCGUUGCCACUGUAGCCACCACUGGGAUUUAAUAAGCAUGUGAACCACAAAGCUGUAUUCUUGGAAGGACUGUAUAGAAUUCCUGAGUUGAUAGGAGACUAUGAACUGCGUCCCCAGAUCUUUGUUAAGUGAGAGAAAGGCAGAGAGUGCUGAGUACGUAGGAGUCCUGAGGAAGUGAGGGUUUUAGAGAAGCCUGUUGGGAAGAAUAUUGUCAAGGGAGUUGUGGGUGUACACCUCACGUAUCUCCAAGAAUAACAGCUUGUUUAUGCAAACUGUAGAAAAAAAGAGCAUAUAUUCUAUUUAUAUCCAGGGUUCCAUUUAUAAAUAAUUGCUUAGUAGUCAAAGGUAGUUUGAAAGUAACUAAGACAGCAGUCAGUCCAUGUUGAAUUCUCAGUGAUAACUCCUGCUUCAGCCUCUUGAGUGGUGGGCUUACAGAUGUGCUCCCUAUGCCCAGCACAAAAAGCAUAUUUGAGCAAAGUUAAAUUGGCACUGGACUGGAUCAUCUUGGAGGUUCACAGGAGAAUAAUUCAGGGCUGUCCCCUAAAGUUGCUCUCAAACUAUUAAUACAGGUAGACAACAUGAGCAAAAUUCACUCUCCUGAGCUAAAAAUAUUUGUAGACAAGAAGCUAUCAUGGAAAUUAAAUGGUGGCAGACAUACCCAAGGAGUAUUGCAGGGAUUCCAUCCCUUUACAGUGGAUCAGUGUUCAGAGAUGGCGACUAGUAGGCACAUGACUAAUAUUGGAAUGGUAAUACAAAGAAAUAGUAUCAUGUUGGAAUCCUGGGGACAAGUUUAAAUAAUGGCUGUGGAGCAGAGAAAUCUGUCACUGGACAGGGUUCACUGAGGUACCCAAAGCAGAGAUUGUGAACCUUGACACACCCAGGACAGGUAGCAGGUUCACUGACUUUCCUCACAAAGAAAUUUUCAACUGGGGAUUUAGCUCAGUGGUUCUGCCGCUUGCCUUGCAAGUGCA